UUUUUGUUUUGACAUAACUCAGCAGUUGAAGAACGAGCUAUGGGUUGAUUGGUUGUUGUUGUUGAGUUUAUCAAUAGAAAUGGUUCAAUUACUUUAUAUUAUCGCCAGCUUACAUGUGUUAUUAUGUCCAUUUACAAAAGUAGAGGAAAGUUUUAAUAUCCAAGCCACACACGACAUUCUUUAUCAUCGACAUAACCUCUCACAGUACGACCAUAAUGAGUUUCCGGGAGUGGUACCGCGCACUUUCAUCGGUCCGCUGGUUAUAUCAGCUCUUUCGGCGCCAGUAGUGUCGUUCUUUCAUUUAACCGGAGUACACAAAUUCUGGAUGCAAUAUGUAGUGCGUUUAAUGUUGGCUGCGUCAGUGAUAGGAGCAUGGACUCGACUGAGGAAUGCUCUGCUGAAGCAGUUUGGGAGCUCUUUUGCUUGGUGGUUCACAUUGAUCACAGUUACUCAAUACCACUUCAUGUUUUACAUGAGCCGGCCACUUCCUAACAUCAUGGUGUUACCCUUAGUACUCCUAGCAUUUGAAGGAUGGGUGUCUGGCAAACAUAAACAAUUUAUUGUUGCUGCUGGAGCCUCCAUAGUGAUAUUCAGAGCAGAGCUUGCCAUGCUGUUUGGACUGUUCCUCAUUAUAGACCUACAUUUCAAAAAGAUUGAUUUUACUACGCUAUUCAAAAUAGUAGUGCCAACUGGAGUAGGCCUAGUGGCUCUAACAGUAAUUGUGGACUCUAUUUUCUGGGGCCGACUGCUCUGGCCUGAAGCUGAAGUCUUCUGGUACAACACAGUGAUGAACAAGAGCUCUGAAUGGGGUACGUCUCCAUUCCUCUGGUACUUCUACUCAGCUCUUCCACGAGGCCUAGGUCCUAGUUUAGUCCUGAUCCCAGUAGGACUUUACUUAGACCGACGACUGAUCCAGUAUGCUGCACCAGCCUUUGUCUACAUCCUCCUAUAUUCCUUCUUACCGCACAAGGAACUCCGGUUUAUCAUCUACGUCUUCCCCUUGCUCAAUAUGGCGUCUGCGGCCGCCUGCUCCUAUGUAUAUGUUAGGAGAACGAAAGCACCGAUAUUCGAGCUGCUGUUUUGGGGCUCAGUGUUUGUGAUACUCGGCAACAUUAUCAUAUCAUUAGCAUUCAUUCUGGUAGCCAUGACUAACUACCCCGGUGGAGUCGCAAUCACUAGAUUCCACAAAAUAAUGAAGGAUGAACCGUUCGUCCACGUACACAUCUGUAACUUAGCUGCUCAAACUGGUGUGACAAGGUUCACGCAAAUUAACGAUAGUUGGAGAUAUAGUAAAAACGAAUCGCUAGCUUUAGAACAACUACAAGACUAUACUCAUCUUCUUGUCGAAGCAAAAAGCAAGUACUCACCUAAUCUUAAAUACUUUGCCCAAACACAUGUAAUCCUAGAUAGCGUAGAAUCGUUCUCCCAAGUAGCAAUGAAUUACAAACUAAUGCCUCCUGUUAGGAUUAAAACAAAACCGGCCAUUUUUAUUUUGGAGCGCAAAGAUUUUCGUGAAUUUCCUCAUGGACACAAUCUUGCGGGUGCUUCUGGUCUUAGCCCUACUCAAAUGCAAAAGGAUGAGGCGGUAUUAAAUAAUGAAGAUGUUGUCGAUGUCGUAAACUAUGAUAAUAUUAAAGAAUUAGGAUCUAAGAAAUCCGAGCCUGAGUCGGAUGUUGAGGUACAGACUGUGGAAGUUGACAUACCGUCAGAAAAUGAAAGUACAACAGAGGACACUAAAUCGGUAGUGGAGGAAGUAACACAGGAGCCUGGCGAUGAUAUCCUUGAGGAAGUAGAAGAACCGAUGCAAGAAGACGUCAAAGAAGAUAAUAAACUUCCUAAAUUACAAAAAGCAAAGAAAGCUUUCGAAGACUUAAAGACGCUUAGACAAGAAAGGAAGAAGAAAGCGAUUGAGAAAAUUAAAACUGAAACACGUAAAGAGGUCGUUGAGUCCGCAAAAGAGAAACUGAAGGAAAUUAUGAAACGCCACAAACAUAUCGCUCAUGAGCUUUCAGAGAAUAUUAUAUCUGAUAUAACUGCUGAAAUAGAAGAGAAGGAUGGCAGAGGAGACAUACCAGAAACUGAAUUUAUACCCGAAGAACCAAAGAUAGAUCUCGUAGAUAAGGAAGAAGAAGAAGAAGAAGACAUUAAAGAACAGAGUGAUGCAGAAAUAAAAGAAGAAUUAAUAGAAAAAGAUAAUAAUACAAAUAAAACUAAUGAGAAUAUAGACACGAUUGUGGAAGAGGUUAUACUAAGAUUAAUAGAUAGAAAAAUUUACGACGACAAGACGAAACCAGAAGACAUAAAGCCUGAAGACAGGCUGAUGAUACAGAAAAUUGUGGAAGAAGUCAUAUCAGAGAAACUGAAUUAUUCAAAUGUUGAUAGUAAUAAUAAUAAAUGAAUGUGUAGAGAUGUAUUUAAAAAAAACAUUGGCCCUGUUUUGUUUCAAUUUGAUCUCGACACAAGUCAUUGUAAAGACAC